AUGACGGUUCAUACAAAGGUUUCCGACAAAGCGCGAAGCAGAACAGAACCUGCCAAGCCCAAGCAAGAAGAAAUUCCCCCGAAAGAUUCUCCUUUCAGCUGCGCUCAUUGUGGAAAGUCUUUCAGGCAUCGGACGUCGUUUGUUCGGCACCAGCAGGUGCACUCGAGGCAGAGAUCCUUCCAUUGUCCGCAGUGCGAGAAGGCCUUCAUCCAGAACUCGGACCUGAAGAAGCAUAUGUGGACCCACUCUGGAGAGCGGCCUUUCCAGUGCCAAGAGUGCCACAAAGGGUUCAUCCAAAGGUCAGACCUGGCGAAGCAUCAUCGGACGCACACGGGGGAGCGACCCUAUCAGUGCACGCUCUGCCAGAAGACGUUCGCUGAGAAGUCGGCUUUAUCCAAACACCAGAAGGUCCAUAGCAAAGAUAAACCCCACAAGUGUACCGAUUGCGGGAAAGGCUUCAUCCAAAGGUCAACCUUAAUAUUGCAUCAGAGGAGCCACACCGGGGAGCGGCCGUUUACCUGUCUUCAGUGCAAUCGGCGCUUCAUACAGAAGUCGGAUCUUCUGAAACACCAGAGAGUCCACAUUAGACAACAGCAGAGCUCUGCCACGAACAGCUCAGCGGAUGGCGUUUCUCUCUCACACGAAUGUGUGGCGUGCGGUCAGACCUUCAACCAGUUGUCAAGGUUUUUAAAGCACAAAAAGUCGCACUGCAAUGACCAGCUCUUUCAGUGCCUAGACUGCAACAUUGGCUUUAUUCAGAAGUCCACAUAUUUGAGACACUGCCGGAGCCACCGCGGAGAGAGACGCCACUGUUGUGUCUUGUGCCAAAAGACUUUCGAACGGAAAAGCGACCUCCAAAAACACUGGAGGACUCAUGAUGGACAGAGCCCUUACUCGUGCCAGCACUGUGGUAAGACCUUCACAGGCAGGUCUGCUAUAAUUAAACACAUUAGAUGCCACACGGGGGAAAGGGCGUACCAGUGCAACGUCUGUGAGAAAGCCUUCAUCCAUCGUUCUUCCUUAAACAAGCACAUGAGGACUCACAUGGGGCAAAAGCCUUAUCCCUGUAACCAGUGCAGGAAAAGCUUCAUCCAAAAUUCUGACUUGGUCAAACACCAAAGAAUUCACAGUGGUGAGAAGCCUUAUCACUGCCCCGAAUGUAAUAAAAGGUUCACGGAAGGCUCGUCGCUGGCCAAACAUCGCAGAACGCAUGCCGGGCAGAGGCCGUACCACUGUCCGCAUUGUAAAAGAACCUUCAAACAAAGUUUGGAUUUGGUCAAGCACCUCGAGUUACACUCUACAGAGACCCCUCCUGCCGCCACCGCCUUCCAUGAGAUUGUCCUCACGGACCCCGUUGAACAGAACAACACCGAGCAGAAAAGACUUCUGCAUCAGUGCCCGGAAUGCGUCAAAACCUUCCCCAACAAAACCAGCCUUCAAAAACAUCUCCGAACCCACAACACAGAGAGACAGUACUUGUGCGACCGAUGUCCCAAGAGCUUCUUCCAAACUUCCGAUUUGGUGAAACAUCUUCGAAUCCACACGGGGGUUCGACCGUACCAGUGUACAGAGUGUAACAAGGGUUUCAUCCAGAGGUCGGACCUGGUGAAGCACCAAAGGAUUCACUCCGGUGAAAAGCCUUUCCAGUGCCUUGAGUGUUUCAAGAGUUUUACUGAGGCGUCCUCGUUGGCCAAACACCGGAGGAUUCACAGCAGAGUCCAGCCGUAUCCGUGCAAUGAGUGUGGAAAGGGCUUCAGCUGCAGCUCAAACCUUAAUAGACACAUGAAAUGGCACGUCGACCAAAAACAGCAGAGCUCUGAAUUUCUAGAAGGGAUUUCUAUCAUCACUGUUGGCCACGAUGAGGAAGUUGAAGAAGCUCUACCGUUGCACCAGCACAAAGCGGACAUUAGCAGAGAAAGGUCAUUUCCAUGUAACGAGUGCGGGAAGACCUUCGGCCACAGGUCGGUGCUCGUUAAACAUUUACGUAUUCAUACGGGGGAACGGCCUUAUGUCUGUAACGUGUGUGAAAAAGGCUUCAUCCAGAAGUCGGAUCUCGUAAAACAUUACCGUACGCACACCGGAGAACGGCCGUAUAGCUGCGGUGACUGCGGCAGAAGCUUCAUUGAGAAGUCCAGCUUGGCUAAACACCAACAAAAGCACCUUACUCCUCCUGGGGCUGAAAUGAAGAGAAGUGCUCCCUCUGUUCCCUCCAAUAUGCACCAACCAGUUACAUAUUGGGGAGAGUCCAAGGAUGACCCUGGAAGUUUAGUAGCAAAGUUUCACGUGGGUUCUGUGGUGGCCAGGCCUUUAAGCAGCUUAAAGAGCAGCCUCUCAACUUCGGCAGAGCGCAAGAUGGCAGUCAAGAAGACUAAGGUGUACGCUUGUCUGCACUGCGACCAAACUUUCACAGACAACUCCAUUUUCCGGGUCCACAGGGCGACUCACAGAGCGCAGCAGCCUCAUACUUGUACCGUAUGCGGGAAGGUGGUCAGCCAGCGGUCGGCGCUGGUCAAACACAUGCGGUCGCACACCGGCGAAAAGCCUUACCGUUGCCCCGUCUGCCAGAAGGGAUUCAUCCAGAACUCGGACCUGGCGAAGCACCUCCGAACCCACACGGGCGAAAAACCCUACAAAUGCGACUUCUGCGACAAGCGAUUCAUCGACCGCUCGGCGGUAGUCAAACACUCGAGGACGCACAGCGGAGAGCGGCCAUACAGGUGCGACGAAUGCACGAGAGGCUUUGUACAGAAGUCGGACUUGGUGAAGCACUUGAGGACGCACACGGGAGAAUGUCCGUAUAUCUGCCAGUUAUGUGGCAAGACGUUUAGGUCACAUCCCGCUUUUCUGAAGCACCAACUUGUGUGCAAUAUGGCCGUCAAGGAGGACAGUCCACUGCUCUACACUUCUGAGGUGUCCUACACUGACCAUGCCGCUCCGAACAGCUUGGAGAAUUAUCCGCUUUGA